UAGUAUUAAAUUUAAUCAAGAUCUCGAUUAUAGCUAGAUUCUUCAUAGAUAAAUUAAUAAGGAUGAAAUUAUUUAAAUUAUUUUUAGGGAGUUUUAUAAAACUGCAUGACAUUUUUUAUUAACUUCAUCGGUUCCGUAACUGACCAUACAAGAUAUAAUCAUAGAAGUAUUGUUUCUAGUUUAAAGCUCAUAUCAAUAUCAAUAUCAACCUUUAGAAAAUUCUACACCACCAAUAAAAAUUUGAAGAAGAAAUCUUCACACUUAUUGCUAUUGAGAAUAGCUAAAAUCAUGAUGAAAUCUUUUACGAUCAUUGUUUUUUUUGUGAGAAUCCUCAAAAAUUUAUACCUAUUGAAUAACCUACAAAACACAAACUUGCAAAGAUUUUAGAUCAAGGUUUCAAUAGGAGAUUUGUAUUGUCUUGUAAAGAAGUGAAAAUAUUUAAUUGUAGAAAGUUCAAAAUCGAUCCGUGAUCGAAACUACUAUUGUUUAAAAAAGCGUGUUCCAUACCCUGUUAAGUUGACAAUUUGUAAUACAUUAGAGAUGAAUUCAAAAUAAAAGAUUUGAUUGAUUCGUAUAUAGAUUAUUGUUUGUGCUACAAUGCAGAAUAAUGAAUAUGACAGAUUCUUCAAAUAUUCUUGAACUUGGGAAAGAUUUGUUUUUGAGUUCUUCUUAUCUACUAAAAUUCGAACUUACGUAUUAUUUUAUCUAAACUUAUCUUAUUUAGCACUUCGAUUAGCCUUUCUACAAACUACUUGUUUGUUUGAGAUUCAGGAAUAAAUUACUCAAUAAUAAGUAUGAUGCAAAAUUAAUGGCAUAAAAUACUUUCGAAUGGUGUAUGAUUUAUAUUUGUCACACAUUCGUAAAUGGAACAAGAAAGAAAAAUACUUACACAAAAAAUUUGUAAUUUUUUUAUAUGAAUCAGUCAAAAACGUCUUAUGCAUGGUAGUUACGUAUAAUUAACUAUCGUUAUUAUCUAGCAAGAUGUUUUUAACGAAUUCAUAUAAAAGUGGCAAAUUUAUUUUAUCUCAUUUCACUCAGAAAUGUGUGACGAACAUAAAUCAUACACCGUUUCCUAUCAACUGAUAACAAAAUUGUUUUUCCUUACGUUCAAAUUCUAUUAUAACUCAUUUUAUUGUAAAAUCCCAACAAUAAAAAAUGAAAUAAUUUUUAAAUAUAUUUCAAAAUCGAACUAACGGAAUCAGUGAAUAUGUUGAAAAAAUUGGAUAUCAAAGAAAAUUCCAGUUACGAUAAAAUUCGAGUUAAUCACAAAUUUUCACAUUACCAGUUAAAUUUUAGUUAGUUUUAGUCAAACUAACGAUUCUUACACAAAAUAUUUGAGAACAUCAACAAUGUUUGUUUUAAACAUUGAGAAAAGCCAGAUUCUAAUCAAGUUCAUAAGUAAAAAGCUUUUGUAAUUUAGAGCAGUUCAAUAAUGUUUAAAACAGAUGAGAAGACCUCAUUUCAAUGACAUUGAUGUUUAUUUCUACGCCAUACUUUUGUUUCAUUUUAGUACCACUACGUGCGAGUUCCAUUGAUAUCCAUCCGAAUGCAACAUGGUCAACGAAUGGUAUAACUGUUGCUGGAGGAAAUGGAUAUGGCAGUGGAAUCAAUCAAUUUGCUAACCCAUGGGGUUUGUACGUCGACGACGAUCAGACGAUUUAUGUCGCUGAUUGUGAAAAUCAUCGUAUUAUGGAAUGGACAUCUGGUGCAACGAAUGGCACAGUAGUUGCUGGUGGGAAUGAAGAUGGAAAUGGAGCUCAUCAAUUAAGCUACCCAUAUGAUGUGAUUAUCGACAAAGAGAGCGAUAGUCUCAUCAUCAGCGAUUACUGGAAUAACAGAAUAGUUCGUUGGCCUCGUCGAAAUGCUACUCUUGGAGAAACUAUUAUUUCGAAUAUCACUUGCCAUGGUUUGACAAUGGACGACAAUGGUUAUCUCUAUGUCGUUGACGAUGAAAAACAUGAAGUGAGACGAUAUAAAAUUGGUGACACUAAAGGAACAGUAGUUGCAGGUGGCAAUGGAGAAGGAAAUCGUCUCGAUCAACUCUCUAAUCCCCACUACGUAUUUGUCGAUCGAGAUCAUUCAGCUUAUGUGUCUGAUUAUGAAAAUCAUCGUGUAAUGAAAUGGGAAGAAGGUUCAAAACAAGGCUUUGUCGUAGUAGGUGGUCAAGGACAAGGCAAUAGUCUCACACAAUUGAAUCAUCCUCAAGGACUCGUUGUCGAUCAAUUGGGUACUGUCUAUGUGGCUGAUGAUGGGAAUCAUCGAAUUAUGCAUUGGCCAAAAGGAGCCACACAAGGAAGUGUCAUUGUUGGUGGAAACGGUUCAGGAGCAUGGUCAAAUCUACUCAAUGGUCCCACAGGUUUAUCAUUUGAUCGACAUGGCAAUCUCUAUGUCGUCGAUUUCGGAAAUGAUCGAGUACAAAAAUUUAAUAUCAAAUGA